UCAAUCUCCUCCUCCUCCUUUCUUCCUAAACUCCUACCUCCUCUUCCUAUCUCCUACCCCCUCCUCUCCCCCUCCUUCAACCAAAGGAUCGUCUGCCUUCAGUGAAAACGCUUCGAGAGGCGACUGCGGCGGCGUGGAACCUUUAUCUCUCUUCUCUUCUUCUCUUUACUUGUGUUCUCUCUACGAAACGUUGGAUGCUGCUGCCAACAGAUUUCUUUGUUUUAGAAAACUAUGUCCUCUUCUGAUGUUUCACCAUGUCCUACUCCCGUUGGUACUCCGAUAAGUACUCAGGCACCAAAAUACGGAACUGUGAUACCAAACAGGAUAUUUGUUGGCGGAAUUACCACAACGUCUCCUUCACAGACGACAGAAGCAGAAUUGAAAGCUUUUUUCACAUCAUAUGGAACAGUGAAAGACACAAAGAUAAUUGCAGACAGAGGUGGGGUGUCCAAAGGUUAUGGGUUUGUAACAUUUGAAAAUCAAGAAGAUGCUGAUAGAAUAUUAAAAAAAGAGGCUGAAAAUUUAAUUUUCAAAGACAGAAAACUAAAUAUUGGACCAGCCAUUAGAAAACAGGUUCAUAUGACGACACAAUUACUUGCAGAUCUUUAUGCUCAGGGAGCUGCAGAGCAAGUAUCACCAAGAUCUUAUGGAGAUCCUAACUUGCAUCCUGGGACAGUAUUAUUAUCAACUAAUGGAGUUCCGUACACCUACCAGAAUGGAAUGGCUAUAUUUCAUGCUUCAGAAAGUGGCUAUCCAAUUGCCCAGCCCCAGCCAGCCUAUUCAGCAGCUGCCGUGAUGGUAUCACAGCCACCACCUCCAGUCUACAUGGCUCCAACAUAUCCAACAUAUCAACCGGGAACCCCACCUCAAUGGACAACCCCGACACCAAGCCAAUGGCGCUGGACAGCUCAGAAUCCUGGUCAAAGUGUAGCUGCAGCCACUGCUGCCACUGCUGCGACAGCCCCUGGUUAUGUCUUUGCUGCCAUCCCUCACUCUCCGGACCUGAUGUAUGCCCAGCCUCCUCCCCAACCUACGUUCCAGCACACUGACAUCACCGAAGCAACAACUAUGCUUGAGGCGCCUCCUCUUGAGGAAUGUGCAUUGUUUCAGGGCACUAUGGCGGCAGUUGCCAAGGAGACGUUGCCCUGCAGCAGUGGUGGCGGAGGUAACAUCCACCACAUGUAUGUUACUGACCUUCCUAGCACUAGUGAGCAGCAACCUCAACGCCCUCUUCCUACUCUUCCUCCGGUGACAGCUACAGCAAACCCAUUGUACUCGGUACACACCACUUCACAACUGAAAACACAAUUGCCACCACCUCCUACUAUACCGUUGUCUAUUAAGGCCACAACCUAUCGAAAACCACUGGCAACUGCUCCUCCUCGCCGCUCCUAUAGCAGUCCAACACUUUUGGUCAAACACGGCCACAAAGUCCAGAGGCUCAUGGCCAAAACAUCUACCGGACCGAUACGCACUAUUUUACAAAAAUCAGACUCUGACGUGACUGUAGAAGGAGCCCUCUCACAUAGCCAUUUAACAUCAUCUUCCCCCGUCAUGAAUAAAAGCAAGGCGUCACAAAUUGUAAGUGCAUACGAGGCUUUCUGAGGCAUCUGGCUCGAAAAAAAAAAAAAAAAAA